UGAGACAACUGUGAAAAUCGUAUCUAGCAAAUUUGGAGGAUUAAAACUAAGUCAAAAUCUAUUGUCAUUUAGGAACACUGUUGCGUAAUCUAUCUGUUCAGAUGGGAUGUUCAUUUUUCACUGAUAAGGACAACAUCGGUCUUCUAUGCUGUACAAACCUUUUAAUAGGAAUCAUUUCUGGAAUUGGACUAAUGUUUUUAUGUACAAAGAGGCACAAAGCAGAGAAUUAUGAAAGUGCGCAAAUGUCGCUAGCGAUUAAUGAAGAAUAUACUCGGUUUUCAACCGAAAACAGACUACAAAGACAUCACCUUCCACGAUCAAGCAGAUUAAUAGAAAGAAAUCGCCAGAGAAACAUACGAUGUCCAGAGCCAGUUUACGUGAACAAACGCGAUGACUAUUUAGACCCAGAAUUUCACAAAAGGGAUUCAAACUAUCUUAAACCGAUCCAUUGUAAUGAUGAAAAUAGUGACCUAGACCGAGAACAGAAGGGUUAUUACAUGAAUACAUGUACAGACAAAAGGCAAUGCAUUCAGAAUUCACUUGAUGAUUAUCUGGAGCCACGAAAUAAAUUUAGUAAAUAAAGUGUUUGAACAUUCUGUAUUAAGAUUAUCUU